UUAAAAUUAGAAAAUACCGUUUAGUAAUAACAGAUAUUAAAUACCGUUAAAUAACUCUUGGAGCGCUUAUAUGUUAUAUGUGCGAGUUUAUAAGAAAAAAACAUAAGCAUACUGAACAUAUGUUUUGUAGUCGCUUUAUCAAAUUAUUAAGUGCACUACUAAUCUGUCGAUAACAACAAUUUGAAGCCUCCCAACCAUAUUUGGCACGUCCUUUCCCGAGUAAAGCGCGUUUGUAAUUCGUUCUUCAAAUAUUAUUUAGCUUGUCAAUAAUCCGCGUAGUGUGCGCGUAAAGAAUACUUCUAAAUAUUUCUCCAGUGUCCUUAGAAUAAUCGACCGGUAUACAUCCGAAUGUGUUUCGUGCAUAAAGAAAUUUAUUAUUUUCGCUACGGUACCAAGUUCCGUACAUUGUUCACGAAUUGAUAUCACAAAUAUAUAUAUAAUUGUCCAAUACUUCAUUCAAAUAUUAACAUGUUAGCAUUUUUUCAAAUACCGGCGUUUCGUGGUCCAGUGACGGCGGAUCGUUAUAAUUAUUUCUUUAAUCCAAACAUUUGUCAUGUUUGUAAGUUGAUAAUUUCUAGCAAAUGGCUAAGAUGUGAUUAUUGUGAAAUGAUCAGGAUGGGACACUCGUCGAUCCAGUAGGAAGAAAUGGAUCCAGUCGAGGACGGAGUUGAUAUGUUUAAUCCAAGAAAGACUGUCACGUAAUCUCGAAUUGCACGAGAUGGAGAUAAUCAUAUACGCAAGAUCGUGUCGUAUUUGUUAUCAACAAGCGAAUUUACUAAUGUGCACGAUGUGCUAUUCCACCAACUAUUGCAUUGAGCACGCAGAAAUAUUUCAAAGAGUCCAUAGUUCCAAUUGCCAUAAACAAUUUUUAUGUCUCGUUCUAGAUAUCGCAUUGGUAAACUAUUUUGCAGAUUUAUUAAGAUUCACUAGAUCGCUCACUACAUACGAAUCAGUUAUUGAUAUGUACGCAUUUGUGGAAGAACAUCUAAAAGCAAACGAAAAAUAUCACAAAAACCUACAGCAUGUCCCGUUUCCUUAUAGAUAUUUAUAUUCUGAAUACGCAUCGGCGCCGCUGACGUUAUAUCAUGGGUUGCGACAUACAAAGUUAUUUGAUUCUUUAGAUGUACAAGAUAGUAAUUAUGUUAUUCAUAUCAUAGGCGCAAAGUGUUAUGAUAAACAUUAUGUUCGCGCUUUUGAAAUUUUUCUGCAUCUUUUGUGUCAUAUACGGCAUUUAACAAUUGUAAUGACAGACAUGAAAAUAUACACAGGAUGUUUUGAUAUCGGCGUUUGUACGGAUUGUAUAAAUAAUAACUCGAAGUUGACUAUAGAGUCUUAUUCUAUGUCCUUUUGCAAUUAUAUGCAUAGUAAUAUGUAUAAACGGUCAAAUGUGAUUGUAGGAUUUCAGAUAGAUUUUAAUGACAUGCCUACAUGGCCGGAAACGAUUUUAGAAAUACGCAAGCAAAACUGUCCUUUACUUUUAACCAGCAUAUCAUUAUUUGAAGGACUAGAGAACUUGAAAGUGUUGUUCACAGUUUUAAACACACGAUUAUCUCCUUUAUACUUUGGCGAAAAUAAAUUUUGUUCCCUAGCGCCACGUAGAAUUGUCGGGAGUGAUAAUAUACUUUAUCGUAAUAAGUAUUUAGUUAUAUUUUCGAAUUUAUAUUAACUAUUUGAACACAUGCAAAUUAUUUGCAGCUAUGAUACACAUUUGUUACAUCACUUUGUUAUCAUCUUUGCAAAUAAUACGAACAAUUGUAUACUGUAUAAUGUACUUUGGCAGUGUGAGAAUGUGUGUGUGUGCGCACGCGGCAUAUGCAUACGCAUGUUUAUAUA